GUUCCAUAAUGGAGCCAUACAUGUUGGUGACAUACGGGCCUGUCUCUUACUCUGUCUGCAGGACGCCCCUCAUCGCGGCCGGGGUGAUCGGUGCUCUGUUUGUCAUCGUUAUCGUGGCGCUGAGCGUGGCGGUCUACGUGCGCCGUAAGAGCAUCAAGAAGAAGAGGGCUCUGCGCCGCUUCCUGGAGACAGAGUUGGUGGAGCCCCUGACCCCUAGCGGCACGGCCCCCAACCAGGCCCAGCUUCGUAUCCUCAAAGAGACAGAGCUAAAGAGGGUUAAGAUCCUCGGCUCGGGAGCCUUCGGCACCGUCCACAAGGGUAUCUGGGUCCCAGAGGGAGAGACAGUAAAGAUCCCAGUGGCCAUAAAGAUCCUGAAUGAAGUUACGGGGCCCAAAGCAAACGUGGAGUUCAUGGACGAGGCUCUGAUUAUGGCCAGCAUGGAGCACCCCCACCUGGUCCGUCUCCUGGGGGUCUGCCUGAGCCCCACCACACAGCUGGUCACCCAGCUCAUGCCCCACGGCUGCCUCCUCGACUACGUCCACGAACACAAGGACAACAUCGGCUCUCAACUGCUGCUCAACUGGUGUGUCCAGAUCGCCAAGGGUAUGAUGUAUCUGGAGGAGAGAAGGCUGGUCCACAGAGAUCUGGCAGCCCGUAAUGUUCUGGUCAAGUCCCCCAACCACAUCAAGAUCACUGACUUUGGCCUGGCCAGACUGCUGGACGUCGACGAGAAAGAGUAUAACGCUGACGGGGGCAAGAUGCCCAUUAAGUGGAUGGCGUUGGAGUGUAUUCACUACAGGAAGUUCACACACCAGAGUGAUGUGUGGAGCUACGGUGUGACUAUCUGGGAGCUGAUGACUUUUGGAGGGAAGCCGUAUGAUGGCAUCCCAACGCGGGAGAUCCCAGACAUCCUGGAGAAGGGCGAGCGUCUGCCUCAGCCUCCCAUCUGCACCAUAGACGUCUAUAUGGUCAUGGUUAAAUGCUGGAUGAUAGACGCAGACAGCAGGCCCAAGUUCAAGGAGCUGGCUGCAGAGUUGUGUAGGAUGGCCCGGGACCCCCAGAGAUACCUGGUCAUCCAGGAUGACAAACGGAGCAAGAUUAGUGAAUGGGAUGACCGUAUGAAGCUGCCCAACCCCAGCGACAGUAAGUUCUUCCAGAGCCUGCUGGAUGAGGGAGGAU